GCGUGCGUCACGUCCGUUGCCAGGCCGGGGGCUCGGGAGCAGCGGACGAAGCCGUGAGGGGAUGGCGUCCACCGCCGACAUCAACGCCGCCUCUCCCUCCGCGCCGCCUCCGCAUGGAUCCGCACUCCUUCUGCCCGCCGAUCACCUCUAGUCGCAGGAGCGUUCGGUAAACGAGGGCCCGGCGGACAGAUCGGAUUAGACCGGACUGGUAGAGGGAGCCGCGGGCCUGGAAUGAGUGGCGAGGAGCGGCGGUAGGGGGCAGGGGGAGCCGAGAAUUGGAGGAGGAAGAUGAAGAGGCGAGCGGUAGACAGAGGAGCCGGCGAAUCUUCAGCACAGUCCAAAGCUCUUUGCACAGGGAUCGCUGGGACCAACAGUAAAAGGGCUGGGCCAUUCAUCCUCGGUCCUCGUUUAGGAAAUUCACCUGUUCAGAGCAUUGUUCAGUGUUUGGCGAGGAAAGAUGGAACAGAUGACUUCUAUCAAUUAAAAAUUCUGACUCUUGAGGACAGAGGUGAAGGAAUGGAAACUCAGGAAGAAAGACAAGGAAAGAUGCUUUUACAUACAGAGUACUCCCUUCUGUCCCUGCUUCACAGUCAAGAUGGAGUGGUGCAUCACCAUGGGCUAUUUCAGGACAGGGCUGUUGUGGAAGAGUUUGAAUCAAACAAGAUUAUAAGGCGGAUGAAGAAAAGAAUCUGUUUAGUUCUGGACUGCCUCUGCGCCCAUGACUUCAGUGACAAAACUGCUGAUCUCAUCAAUCUACAGCAUUACGUCAUUAAAGAGAAGAGGCUGAGUGAACGUGAAACAAUUGCAAUAUUUUAUGAUGUGGUACGGGUAGUGGAAGCUUUACACAAGAAGAACAUUGUGCAUAGGGAUCUGAAGCUGGGGAACAUGGUGCUAAAUAAAAGGACCCAUAGAAUCACCAUCACAAACUUCUGUCUUGGAAAGCAUCUAGUUAGUGAGGAUGAUUUACUCAAAGAUCAGCGAGGGAGUCCUGCCUACAUCAGCCCUGAUGUAUUGAGUGGCCGGCCGUAUAGGGGCAAACCAAGUGACAUGUGGGCAUUAGGUGUGGUGCUCUUCACAAUGCUUUAUGGGCAGUUCCCAUUUUAUGACAGCAUACCUCAGGAGCUUUUCAGGAAAAUCAAAGCAGCAGAAUACACCAUCCCUGAAGACUGCCGUGUAUCAGAAAACACAGUUUGUUUGAUUCAGAAGUUGUUACUUCUGGAUCCACAGCAAAGGCUGACAGCAACUGAAGUGUUGGAUUCAUUGAGCUCCAUCAUCGCUACGUGGCAGUCUCUUUCAUCGCUUAGUGGUCCUUUGCAGGUGGUGCCAGAUAUUGAUGACCAAGUCAACAAUCCAGAAAUCUUACAAGAGGCAAAAGUCACCGAAGAAUCGUCACAGUAUGAAUUUGAAAACUACAUGCGGCAGCAGUUAAUGCUGGCUGAGGGAAACACUAUGCACGAGGUGAAGAGUUUUGCACAGAAGAGACAGUUUAGUAACAUCCCGCCAGUGCGGCGACUGGGCCAUGACGCCCAGCCCAUAAAUCCUCUCGAUGCAGCAAUCCUUGCUCAGCGCUAUUUGCGGAAAUGACGGGCAGAAACGGGACGGGAAUCUCCACGUGCCAAGUUCGCAGCACAGUAAAACUCAUCGUGCCACGUACUACCAAUCCGGAGCAAUACAGUAUUCUGUGACAGAUAUGUAGCAUUGGACAGAAUCUCUUCAAAUGGUUAGCUGUAGAUUUGAGACAACUGAAGAUGGCUCUUUAAAAAGGACAAUAUUGCCGCAUCUUCUGGGAUAGUUGUAGAUGUGUAGUUUUACUUUAUAUAAUCUACCUCUUUAUUCAUUUAAUCAAGACACUUCUCAGAACUGUAUAUUGAGAGACUGGGCUGAGGUAUUCGUCCUCUAUUGUGGCUCUGAUAAGAUCUUGUACUGUAAGGGAUUUAACAGCAUUAAGAAUUGGGUGAGUUCAUUGCUAUGGAGUUCCAAUGUGCCCACAUUACCCAUCAACUAAUAGUGCAACAUGUAGGCUUUUUUUUGUUUUGUUUUUUGUUACCUCCCCACCCACCCCCCAUGUGUCUUUUUUUUGCCAAAUUCAAUGUGGUACAAAAUGUUCAUCAAGAGAAAAUGUGAAGGAAAGAAAACCAAUGUGAUUCCCAGAACCGUUUAUAAUGCGUGCAUCUGCAACGAUUGGUUUAGUGAACCUUUCCCUGUUUUUUUGGUUUCAUUUUUUUUAUUUUUUUGAAAUUUAAAGCUUUCAUCUUGGAGCUUGAUUUUCUUUUUUAAAACUACCAGUGGUUUGUGUUCCAAGGCCACUGGAAUUUUCAGUUCACUGAGCUGCAGAACACUAGUGUCAUUUCUAUACUUUUAAACAAGCUCAGGGAGAACAUUUAGUGUCUUCAUUGGAAUUCAGUGAAGCACAAAAUAUUUGUUGGUGUUCCUAUGCUCGACAAUGCAUCGCUUUUGUGUGGAGUGAGUGUCUGAAUUAUCCAACAAUAGUGUUUGAAGACCCAAUGUUGAUGCUGGCAGAAAUUUGAGGUGAAUUGGCCAUGAUGGUUCCUAGUGUACCAGUGUAGCACCUGAUUAACUUGGUCCAGGGCCAUCAAUAACUUUGCUGCAAUUGAGUCCAUUAACCCCUAAAGUUAUGCCACCAGGCUUCUAAAUUUUUGCAACUGCAAACUGUAUUUCACCGGUGAAAUUGACUGGCAAGGAGAUGGAAUAUGGGUGGUGGCAGAGUCUUGCCUGAUUAUGAUCAUUGUGCUGAUCAUAUACUGUAGCACAUUUCAUUUGUACCUUUUCCUUUGGUGGAACCGUUUUUUUUUCCUGCAGCAAGAGAUUAGUUAAUCUUGAAAUAUAAAGGCGGUGAGUGAGUGCUGGCAAUAGCCAGGGUCAAUCACACCCCCUCUUGAAACCUCGUUGGGGAACAGUUAACUGCUUCAUUGGUCUGGGUUAAAUACAAUGCUUCCCUCCUGGUUAGUUGUGGAUAUAUCAAACUCACUUGUGAUCUGGCGACAUGUCGUGCCAGCAGAAUAGGUAAAUAAGCUUCACCAGCUAUUUCCAAAAUCUUCACCGGUGACGAAUAUCCAUUGACUCUAAGAUUUGGGCAAUAGAUUCCAUCCUACAUGGGAUUCUCCACCAUUUUUGAAAGACAGUUGAGACUGUUAAAUAUUGCUCACCCUCCCAAGACCAAGAUGUGGAUGCUGUCUGAUUAUCUAAAACUUAUUUUAAGAGGUCUUCAGAGAGUUGUUUAACUGUAGCACAAUCAUGUCAGCCAGUUAUUGCCUCAGUGACUUCAGUGUGGCUUUGAGUUAUCUUAAGCCUAAAAGGGUAUAUAAAAUGAUUCUGAUGUGGUCACCAAUGAUAUAGAGGUCUUGUGUACAUAUUUUUUUAUGUGGUAGGUUUUGGGCUUCAUUGGACUCUAAAAUUGUUGAGAAAUUCAUUUGAUAUUAAUACCCUAAAUAAAAUGCCUGUCUUGCCUAAAUAUACUUAACCUGUGAAAAUACAGCUCUCCACUAUUUAGUGGAAGGCUUAGGUUCCUAAAGAAUCUUUGUUGCGCAAAGAUUUGUGUCGCGGGAGGUACAGUAACCUUUGAACCUUCGUGGGCAAUAUCAGUUGCUUUGAAUAGUUCAAGUCAAAAGCUAGUCGUUGUCCUACCUGUAAGCUUGUGCUGAAUCAAAAGCAGAUCGAAAUAGUUCUGAGGAACUGAAGCAAACAAGUUCGUCAUUCAUCCCAGUGGAGAUUGUUACCAGCUGGAAGAGCGCAGGUAUUCAGGAUUUUUUCCAUUUUUAAUGACUUGUUUAUUUUGCAAACUCCUUUCCUUUGAUCCAAUCUCAAAAGUCUGUUAAACGCUUCUAGCUUUCUCAGACCAAUGAUUGAACGAUGGUCUCCAAAUGUGUUCCUACCCUUUGUUGCAGUGAACAAAGCCUUUGUUAUACAAAAAUGUAAUUAAACUUUGUCAUGAAGAUUUGGGAAGUAUAUAUUCACUGACUAGGGUAGAGCUGUAUAGAAGGAAUCGAGCAGAUUCAAAUGCUUUUAUUUUCAGUUUGUACUAUGGAAAUACUUGGGUCUUUGCAUGAUAUUGUACAGGGAAUUUGCCACCAUUGGCCAGUGUGAUCUUGUGAUUGACGUCUUGUACAAAAGAAGAUUCAUGCAAUUGAAAGUUCUUUUUAUUAAGUUUGUGAUUUCCCCUCAAGCUUUUAUGCUGUGUAUGUGUGUGUGUCUGACUAUACCAAUGUACUUGUGUUUGGGUUGGUAAGGCAAGGUGGGUGGGUGGUGACGAGUUUGGAUUGAAGAUUUGCGACAGUGAAGAUUUUUUGGGGGCCCCUCAGGGAUUAGUGUUGUGGGAUUAGUGUGCUAUGUAGAUGCUUUCCUAUUCCCCACCAUUAUGCGACACACAAGGUACGUGCGCAGGGUUGCAAAUCCUCAACCCUGCUGUGUGGAGGUCUUCCUGUAUUGGUGAGACAAGUCUUCAUUGUGGCUCACAAAGAUGCGUUUGUAAGCCCCGUCUCUGCCGUGUGCUGGGAUCCACAGCUGAGGGAUAGAUCCCAUAUUAUCUGAGCUAAUUUAAUGGAACAUAAAGUAGCAAUUUCUGAUGAAACUCGAGAAUGGGUGGGUUAAAGUAUAGAAGGUCUUUCUUAUAUUAAAAUUAAUUAAUUGGUCUUUUAAGGCCAAGGUAGCUUUAUAAACGUGACAUGAGGUUUGUUGAACUAAUUCUUGACUUUUGCUGGCCAGUUAACACUGCAUCAGAAGAUGGUGUGAUUGUGGGUUCUCAAAUACAGGUCUUGACUCGUAUGUGGUGUUCACCGUUUUUUUUAACGUAACCUGUCACACUUGGACUUGUCUCUUGAGCUUGUUGGAGCCUUGUGUAACACAUCCAGCUGUAAACUAUAAGUCUCAGGGUCUAUAACUGAUUCCAAGCAUGUCGGAUGUGUAAAAUGACACCUUGUAAUGGGUGGAUUCAGUGGUAAGAGCACAGUGGCUCCUCUAAAGAAUAUUUUGGCGUAAAUAAAGUGUCGACAUGACGUAAUCAAUAGGGGGACAUGGUCUUCAGCACGUCUGACUGUUUCUCUUGGACCUUGUUCAUUGGAUAACUACUGCUUUACGGAGCACUGAGACCCAUUGUAGUCCUGACCUGUUUUCUCUCUUUCCUUCUCUACCUCUCCUAUUCCACCAUCCUUCGCAGAUGAAGGGCUACACCUUUACCUGCUCCAUUUUAAACCUAGUGAACACCUGGGGAUAAAAACAAACUGCUUUUCAAAUGUUUCUCACACUUGGUCGAGUUUUCUGAGCCUGACCCUAGUUUGGAUACUCCAGUUAUUUUUUUUGUUGUAAAUUGUUGAUAAUUUAAAAAAAAACUAAUUUCGUGAAGACACUUAAGUAUUACCAUUUGUCGCAAUUAAAGCCAUGGAUUUUUAGUUCAUCCUGGGGAAUCUGCUUUAUUGUUGAGCAUUUUUUCUUUAGUUGCCUCUAAUUAUGUGCUUAUGGUAUAUGUGAUUGGCUAAUCAGACUGGAACAAUACAGCAGCCUGUGAAUGGCUGUGAUUUGUGUGUUUAAGCUGCCUCUGGGUGUACCAAUUGAAGUAGGUUGUAUGAGAUGUCAAUAGCAAGGAAUUGUGAUCAUUGUAUACAAAUUUAUAUAAAAUAAAGAUGACAUAUUUUUGUACUUCAUUAAAUCUUGCAUGUCAGCAAUAAAUUUCAUACUGUAGAGAAACU